AUGUACCUGAUAGGUACUCAUGUCUCAGUCUCUGGAAACAGAACUGAGACGCUCGUCUGUGUGGGCACUAGACUUUAUACUCUUUGGGCCCGAUGUGAAACCAAGAUAAAGACUGUUGCCUUCGACAGCAUGUUUUUUUCAGCUCCCAAGGAUGAUCAUAAAUCUCUCGUAGAAUUAGGCAUCUCAGUCUUCCUCCCAGAUACUGAGAUCUCUCAUCUCAGCUGUGUGACCCUGUCUAAGAAACCUACAAGUAGAGAUAGGUGUUUAAGCUCUAUAGUGCUGUAUUCACUUCUCACCAAAUUUGCGGUGCUUGUCAAGUUGUCCUCUGUCCAUACUACUAGUGUCAGCCAGAACCGGACCAUAAUAUGGCUCUCGGUUCUGGCAUUGGGCGAACAGUUCAACUUUGGUUCGGACCGGUCCCAAACUGUUCUGAACCGUGAACCGAAAGAAGCUUGUUGA